GGCUUUUUUCUCUGUAGUUGGCAUCGGCGCGCCGAGCCGACUGCCGAGCUCACGGCUAUUCACAAACACGCGCGCGAUGGCUAUCUGGUGGAUCAUGAGCUGCUUGGUGGCGCUGGUGGCUGGCGAUAACACCGGCGUGAUGGUGGAGCAGCCAAACAACGUGGAGACGGCGGGGGACUGCCUCAAUGAGACGGACCUGUGGAGCGUGUUCGCGAUAUUCCGGCACGGCGACCGAACGCCGGACCAAGAGGAAUUGGACUUGUUUCCCGAUGCCGACAUUCAUGAUAAAGACGUAUUCUUCCCGCACGGGAAGAAAGCGCUUACUAACAAAGGCAAGCAACGCGGGUUCCUAGUGGGGCGCUCUCUACGCAAGCGCUACAACAACUUCAUCUCUUCCCUCUACCUCCCUGCCGAGGUCACCGUGCGUACCACAGACUACGCUCGCACCAAGAUGACAGCACUGACGGCGAUGGCGGCGCUGUUCCCGCCCCCGCCCGCGCAGCGCUGGAACCCCGCGCUCGACUGGCAGCCCGUCCCGUAUGAUACGCUGCCCUUUGAGGAGGACGAUCUGCUCUACUGGUACAACUGCCCCAGCUACCUGCAAGCCCGGGACAAGGUGUACACUCGGCCCGAGGUGCGAGCUGAGACGGCGCAGUAUCAGGACCUCUUCGAAUAUCUGACUAGACAGACCGGGACCAAUAUCAGUACUACUGAGGAUGUGUUCUUCCUGGAUAAUCUGUUUCAGACUUUGAAUAACGUCGGCAUAAAAACCCCACAAUGGGCACAGGAAGUGAUGCCUCGGAUAAAGCAAGUGACUAAACUAGAAUACGGAUACGAAUUCUAUACAGAUGAGUUAACCAGAUUAGCCACAGGAGUACUAAUGGCGGACAUAAUAAACUCCAUGCACCUGGCCAUAUCCGGUGACACGGAGCAGCCCAAGCUGACCCUGUACUCUGCUCACGAGAACAACGUGGCGGCGCUGCUAGCCGCGGCCCGGGUGUUCACUCCUCAUCAGCCGCACUACGGGUCUACUUUUGCUAUAGAGCUGAGGAGGAACAAGAACUCGGGAGAGUUUGUUGUCGCGGCGAUCUACUCCCCCGACGCCGGCGGCCCGGGCCAGGCGCUCCCCAUCCAGGGCUGCGGGGGCCGCCUGCUCUGCGACUACGAGACCUUCGUCACCCUCACACAGAACCUCGUCUGGACCCACGAAGAGUACCGGGCUCACUGCAAUAUCAGCUGAUGUGUUGUAGUGAUAAGAAUAUACGGAGGCAAUGUUCUGCUGUUGGCUAAAAGCUAAGGCAUGAAAACUGGAAAACUGCACGUCCAUGUAAUGUUUAAAUUUUUCCUUAGCGAUAAAAAUAAGUGCCAUCAUGCAUUACGGAUAGAUUUUAGUGCUAAAUGUGAUAGGUAGUUCAUUAGUCGCUUCAUUGUAAACAGUGAUAUUGUAGCUUGUAGCUGCGACUAACAUAAUAAAAUUAUGGCUGUGACUA